GUGGGGCGGAGCGGGGCCGCCCCUGGCUGGCUGUUGGAGGAGCGGCGGAGAGGACGGGGCUGGGCGCGCUCAGGAUCGCGGCUGCGGGGCCUGGGCGCGCAUCCAACUCGUUCCUUCCGGGCAGGGCGCGCUCGUCUGCGCCCAAGUUGCAGCAGAAGCUUCCUCUCCAGCGGCUGCUCGGCGAUCUGGCCUCUGCAGGCAGCCAGGUGGAGGUUCGUUGUGCUGCUUUCUUGAUAAGAGCUGAGAACUGUUCAUUACAGUCGUGCUGUAGUUUCCCGCUUAGUACUUUCUCACCAGAAGUGACUUUAAGAAGCCAUGGCAGACGUCAAAUCAGUGGUGGAGCGGGCCAGGAAAGCCUUUAACAGCGGCAAAAGUCGCCCUCUGGAGUUUCGAAUCCAGCAGCUGAAGGCUGUGGAGAAGAUGGUGAAAGAGAAAGAGAAGGAAUUCAGUGAGGCCCUCAAAGCAGAUCUGAAUAAGAACCCCUACAGCUCCUUCACCUACGAGAUGAUGGGCGUGCUGUCGGAAAUCGAGGCAGCGGUGAGCAAUCUUUCCCAGUGGGCCGCCCCGCAGCACAUGGAUAAGAACAUCAUGGUGAUGAUGGACGAGGCGUAUGUCCACUACGAGCCCCUGGGUGUGGUCCUGAUCAUUGGAGCCUGGAACUACCCUGUGGCCCUUGUCCUGCAGCCCUUGGUUGGGGCCAUCGCGGCAGGGAACGCUGUCAUUUGCAAGCCCUCCGAGGUCAGCGAACACGCCGCCAAGCUGAUCGCAGAACUGCUUCCGCAGUACCUGGACAAGGACCUGUAUCCAGUUGUCACCGGAGGGGUCCCCGAGACGACAGAGCUCCUGAAGCAGAGAUUCGACCACAUCUUGUACACCGGGAGCAGCAACGUGGGCAAGAUAGUGAUGGAGGCCGCUGCCAAGCACCUGACGCCUGUCACGCUCGAGCUGGGCGGGAAGAGCCCCUGUUACAUCGACAAAGAUUGCGACGUCGAUCUGGCUUGCAGACGGGUCGCGUGGGGGAAAUACAUGAACUGUGGCCAGACCUGCAUUGCCCCCGACUACGUCCUCUGCGACCAGUCCCUUCAAGGCCGGAUAGUGGAGGGGGUAAAGAAGGCCUUGACGGAAUAUUACGGCGAAGACGUAAAGAAGUCCCCAGACUAUGAAAGGAUAGUGACCACGCGGCACUUCAAGAGACUCAUGGGGUUGCUGGAAGGGCAGAAGAUCACCUAUGGCGGGGAAGCGGAUGAAACCACCCGGUUUAUAGCGCCAACCAUCCUCACCGAUGUGGAUCCCAACUCCAAGGUCAUGCAGGAGGAGAUCUUUGGCCCCAUCCUCCCGAUUGUCUCUGUGAAGAACAUUGACGAGGCCAUCCAGUUCAUCAACCACCGGGAGAAGCCGUUGGCCCUGUAUGUCUUUGCCAAAGACAAGGCGGUCAUCAAAAGGAUGAUUGCCGAGACUUCCAGCGGAGGCGUGACGGCCAACGACGUCAUGAUGCAUUUUACCCUGCACAGCUUGCCUUUUGGGGGCGUUGGCAACAGCGGGAUGGGGGCCUACCACGGCCGCUUCAGCUUCAAGACCUUCUCCCACCAGCGCUCCUGCCUCGUCAGGUCCCUCAACAUGGAAGCCAUGAACAAGCUCCGCUACCCGCCCAACAGCCAGAAAAAGGUGGACUGGGCCAAGUUCUUCGUCCUGAAGAAGUUCGGCAAAAGCAAGGUUGGCCUCGUUGUCUUGGCCGUUCUCGGAGUCGUGUUGGCUGUUGUCAUCAAGAACCGCCACUCUGUGCUGGGGCUGCUCGCUGUCUUGGCGGGGCAGAGGCUGUGGAGGCUCGGGAGGGGCUCUUGCGAUUCCUAAUUCAAAGCCUGCCUGUGUUCUGGGGAGAUUGGCUUUUCCUGAGUCCGAGGCUACCGUCCAUCUGAACGGAAGACCCUGUUGUGCGGGACCGGGGGGGGGAAAGGGGGUGUCGCGCGCUCAGAUAUGCAUUGCUUUUUCUUACUGAUGAUUAACCGUACUUAGGAAGAAUUAGAGCAGCUUCCCCUGGGCUCCUCCUUCUGUUGAAAAGUGUGCGUUAGAACGGGGGAGGGCUGCCGCCAUGUCCUUAUGGUCUGGAAUAACCAGUCUUGACAUAAAUAGGGGGUUUUCUCAAAAGUAUUUUUAGAGAGAGCUUUUUGUGAAUUCCGCGCUGAAAAAUUUGUGUCGGUGUCCUCCUCUGUUGAAAAAAAGAAAAGAACCUGAAUAUUUCAGAGGCAACUGAAGAUCGGAUGCUUUCUCAGGACAGUUUGUAACAGCAAUAACAGGAAGGAUUGGUUUAGCGGUGGAUCUUUCCAAGCACCCCGGCGGCCUUACAUCCAUGUUUUUUUCUUCUGUCUUCUCAGUUCCAUUCCACUUUUAAGUCACUUUUGGCCAGUGGUGUACCGGGCCUAAAUGGCGCCUGGGGCCAUGACGGCCUCGCCUGCCCCGCCUAGCUCCCCACACACUCACCCCUGCGCCCCACUUAUAAGAGUCAGCAGGGAGGCUGGGGCUCGGGGGCGUAGCUUGGACGGGUGGUCCAAGCCAAUCACCGCUGAGCCCCGCCCCUCCUGCAUCCCUACAGGCCAGCUCCUGCCCUCCCUAGGCUUGGACACACACCCGGCGCCCCCUAUGUGACAAAACAACGUGCGCCCGGGGACAUGGGAUACCCCAUGUCCUCAUUAGCGGUACGCCACUGCUUUGGGCCUAACGCUGGAGGGUGCUGGCUCUGCCUCUUGAUGGCUGGCUGCAGCUUUUGGGCCCCAAUCCCACCCUUGCAGGAGCUGACAGGUGAAAGAGGAACAAAGAAGUAGCGACAGGAGAGCUUUUGGGCAGAGGAGCUUCGUGGGUCGUAUCCAAUAUUCUCAAUGCGGCAUCUUCCCCUGACCCGAGGGGGCUCUUUUUCCUUUCCAGUAGACAGUGUGUGCCAAAGACAUUCUUCUUUGGGUUGGGUUGGCUUCUGUCUUGCUACAUAAUCUCAGCCACGUUUCUUUUCUCAUAAAACGGAACUGCUCCAGCCUUUUAAUCACAGCUACUGAAAUUGUUUUCUAAACAGGCGAGAUAUGCCUGCCUCCUUACAAAUGGGGUGUGUAUGUGUGAGGGGCGGGGGUAACAACAGGAUUUCUGUGGUUGUGUUAAUUCUCCUUCAUCACAGCUGAUUCUGUCUGGUCGUUGUGGGCAGAUGCAUUAUAUUCUGCGUAGGAUCGGUAGGUGGGUUUCCAGGUUUUUUUAAAAAAGAAUUUCUAGACUCUCUUUUUGAAACACAGCAUUCCAAUGAAGUAUUUUAGACUUUAAGCAUAGAGAACUGACAAAAUUAGGAUCAGAAUAAAAAGCUUUAUAUUGAAACAUAACGUCCACCCACUGUUUAACAUAUCAUUAAACUUGCAUACGUACUGGAAAUAAACACUAUUAUUGGAAAUAAACAUCAUUAAACCCGGA